AUUACUGCUGUCAUGAGUUUCGUUAAGAAAGUUGUAAUCGUUACCGGAGCUAGCUCUGGAAUAGGAGCUGCGGCCGCCAUAUCGUUUUCUAAGGAAGGCGCCAAUGUUGUUCUCGUCGGAAGAAAUGAAUAUAAACUACAGAAGGUUAAAGAAGAAUGUGCCAAAACAGGAAACGAUCUACUAGUAGUAAAAGCGGAUGUAUCGAAAGAACAAGAUGCUGAAAAGAUAAUUAAAGAAACUGUAGAUAAAUUUAAUAAAAUCGAUAUUCUCGUAAAUAACGCAGGAAUAGUAGUUGAAAUGUCUGGUAUUCUUGGUGAUAAAGUACUGGCAGUAUACGAUUCUGUCAUGAACACAAAUCUAAGAGCUGUGGUACAUAUAACUCAUUUAGCUGUUCCUUAUUUGAUAAAAAGUAAAGGCAAUAUCAUCAAUAUAUCAAGUGUAGCUGGAAAGAUGACGAUGAAAACGGCACCGGCUUUAGCAUAUUCUAUCUCAAAAGCGGCAUUAGAUCAUUUCACACGCUGUGUAGCAGCAGAGCUUGCACCUCGGGGAGUCAGAGUAAAUUCCGUUAGCCCUGGACCUGUCAAAACGGAUAUAUUGGAUAGUGCUGGUGUCCCAAUAUCAAUAGAGAGUAUGGCAGAAAUUGUUGCACUGGGUAGAGUAUCAGAAGCACAAGAAGUUGCAGAUCUUAUCCUGUUCUUAGCAAGCGACAAAGCUAUAGCAAUAACUGGUUCAGAUUAUGUAACUGACAACGGUGCUUUGUUAAAAUGAUUAAACCUAUCUUUAUAUUUUAACGUUUCUGUUUUAAUAAAUCAAGUCUUAUAUAUAAAA